UUGAAUGAAAAAAUUGAGAUAACCAUGUGACUUCAAUGUAUGUGUGCCACUUUGUAUACAGAAUCACUUUGGGGGGUGUUCGCGCGACCAAAACUCUGAAUUUAAAAUUUUAAAAUAGUCUCACGCGGAAAAACCGUUUAUGUCCAGUAACGAAAAAUGGAGACGCCGGUUGCUUUCAUGUCCGCUGCGGACAUUAAUAGACAAAACGUCGGCAAAAAAAGGAGAGCGAACAUGAAUGAAUGGAAGGACAGGGCAAGGAAGUCUCUGAGGGAUGCUGGGAAACCAUAUGUGAACCGGAGAGGAGAGCAAAAACGAGGAAAAAGUCCACCAAAAGAGGUGAGUGAAAAACCGUAUACAAAGUAUCUACAUAAAGUUAGCGGUUACAGACAGAGGGUCAUCGUCUACUACAGUUCAUUCAUAUAGCUCACUCUUUUUAAAGGUUCAAGUCAUGUCGUAUGAAAGCUGAGAAAAUUAGGAUUCAGGGGACGUUUUAAACAUGUCUCUCUACUCCUCAUAAUCACGGAGAAAUGAAUCGAAACGCUUUAGGGAAAGGCGUGCAAGGAGACAUGUCCCAGGCAGUGUUCAAGCCUAACAGACCAAAGAAAACUCCAGCUCUUCACAGAGUUUUAUGCUGUCUCUUAUGAGAGGCAGCAGGCUAUCAUUCUCUCUGGUUUGGAGCAGCACAAGGUGAGUCGCAGACGACCACGUGGGCCCAACACUGAGAAUACUAAGAGGAAGUACACCUUCAAGUACCAUGUGCAACAAGGAGGUCAAAGACUUGCUGUUUGUAAGCUCACAUUUAUGUCAGUCUUUCAACUGACCAACAGUCGCCUACAGGUAAGUUUUAAACAGCCUAGCUUUUUCCGUUUGUUAACUUUUUAUUACAUGCAUGAUUUUAAUUAGAUACAUUGUCCAUAACAUAUUUAUUUAAAGUUACUUAUCUUUGAAAAGGUUAUUCAAGAAAAGUUAGGCAGUCAGUCUGAGGGAACAGAGCAGGUAGUCAGGUCUCCCUCCAUUAGAGGACUUCAGAGGAAAAUAUAAGAACAGGUUAAAAAAAAAAAAAAAUCCUGGAAGGACCUCAUGCUCUCGUCCUAUUAGUUUUUAAAGCUGCACCAAUGUCAGCAUCAGUUGCCCUACAACAUUCCCUGAUCUAAUGGUGCACUUGACGCUGGCAUUAUAGGGUGUCGGGUGCCUUGCCACCCUAUAACGCCAGCAUGCACAAACUGUAAUGGUUAGGAUUCAGCUCACUGUUGUUGCCCAGUCAGGAAACAUAUUUUUGCACUUUGAGAUCGAUAUCAGAGGUAAAGUGCUAUGCAAAUGUAAUGUAUGAUCCCGGGAUUUCGAGAUCGGCCAAAAUGUCCGGGAUUAGGCUUUUGCAUUCUACAGUUGCCAUUCAUUGUGUUUACUGUGGCAAGCAGGACGAGACUGAGGGCCGCGGGAGAACGGCGCAAGGCCGGUGGCGUGAUUACUGAUGAGUGACACCUGUGAGACGCACCGGUCUCGUAUCUCUCACGGAGGAGCAGGAAUUUUCUUAGCAAUGCUAAAACGCACACAUCAAUCGAUCACAUGUUUAGCGUUCAUGUAAACACUACAUUCAGAUUCACCAAUCAGAAUGAAUUCAGUUAGAUUGAAACAAAAUGUGUGCAUGUAAACAAUGACAAUUUUUGUCAUUUCGGAAAGCCGAAAAAGCAUACACCCAGUUGCAGGCUGACACAGAGUGGGCCAAAGCCAAUGAUGACUGCCAUGUCAUUUGUAUCGACAUGCAGGGGGUAGUGUACACGCCAAACCUGACACACUCCAACGUGUACUAUCAACGGCAGCUGGCCAACUACAACCUCUGUAUCCAGGAGAUGGGCACUGACAAACCUCCUACAAUGUGCCUCUGGCAUGAGGGCAUCGCUCACAGAGGUUCCAUCGAGGUGGCAAGCUGUCUUUUGAAGUGGGCAGAAACAUCUUUCGCUCCCCUAGUCCAGGCAAAGGAACGGAAGCUCAUCAUCUAUAGUGACCGAUGCUGUGGGCAGAACAACAACUGGCAAGUCCUAAACCUCAUGGCCCUACUAGUAUCUAGAGGGUACUUCAGUCAGAUAGAGCAGAAGUUCAUGGUGUCUGGUCACUCCUUCCUUCCCUGUGACCGUUCAUUUGCCAUGCUGGACAAGAGGCGUAAGGUGUCCACACUCCACACCCCCAGCGAUGUCGCCGAGAUGAUCCGUGGAGCCAGGCAGCUGCAUCCAUUUAAAGUAAUUGAGAUGAAAUGUGCGGACUUCAGGCAGCUCCCUGAUGCAACAUUAAAGCAUCCACCUGGCUUCCUAAUCACAUCCAUGAUGUGGUUGAAAGUGACAGCUACUGAUCCAUGGUGUGCCCACACAAAAGGGAGCCACAGCCUCUACGAGGGAUGGAAGCAUUGGCUGAUCACCAAACAGAGGAAGAAUCAACCACCUCCAGCUCCCUUGUUCUCCACCACGUAUGCUCGUGCUUACGAGGACCCUUUGCCCAUCAAGAAGGAGAAGCACCGUGACCUUAUGAAAAUGCUAGCCUACAUGCCAGCGGAGGCCCAAGCAUUUUAUGGGACAUUAGAAUGUGAAGAGUAGCCUGGUAUGUGUAGGUCAUGUGCAGGGAAAGGUGGGAUAUAUUGUGUAUGUUGUGUGAAAUUAAUCAUAAAAGUAGUUGUAGCUUAUCUUGUAUGUCUUAUCUUAUGUUGUAUAAUAGGAAUAUAUAGGUAUUUAUUUUAUUUUAUUUAGAACCAAAAAAAGGAAGACGUAUAUGGUAAACUAGCAUAUAGAACAAGCAUGGAAUGAAGAUGAUGUAUGUCUCUAUUGUAAAUAUGUAUUGUUUACCAUUAUUACUGUUUAUUGUUUGUAUUUAUUGUUUAUUGUAUGUACGGUUUGUUUGUACUGACGUUUAUUUUCUGUACUAUAAGUAGGCCUAUGUAUUGUUCAUUGUUCGUACCGUAUUGUCCGCGUUUUUGUUCUGUGAUUUACGUUGGCAAAAAAUAAAAAAAAUUGAAAGAAAGAAAUGCUUAAUAUUUUCUUUAAGGUUCUGUUACUGUAUUAAAACUAAGAUAAAGGAAUCAAAUCUCCAGUGGUUUAAAUUGAUAUGAUUAAUUGGACUUAUACUGUUAUUCCACAUUAACUGGACAUAUACUGUUCUUCCACA